GACUCUUCUGCAAACUAGGGAGAGACAAGGCUGGACAUGGCUUCAGCUCCGUUGUGAGUCACACCGGCUACUGUUGGAUGCUAUUAAGAAAAAAUGGUUUAAUCUACGAAAAGACAGCCACUCCACAAUUUUGUGUGUAUACCCCUCUUUAGCAGUGUUGAAGAAGAUGUAUUGGGAAUGCGAAUGAGUAGAUAAUCCGACCGGUCAACCUGAGAUUCGACGGGAGGAAAACCCGACAUCACUUGUCGGGAUUAAAGCAAAUGGGACCCACUGAGCCUCGAGUCUGAGUGAAGGGAACAUGGUGGCGACGCUUAGAAGAAGGCAAAUCCAUGGAUAAACAUUGUUUAUCAAAAUGUCCGUCUUUUCUUUUUUCUAGCUAGCUAAAUUGGAGUUUGGGAUUUCAGGGGUGUAUUCAUUAACUCUAACGUUAACUAUGUAUUGUUUAAGCACUAGACGGAAGCAAACAGUGCAAACUAAACGGGGAGGGACCCACUUGAAUUUUGUCGAAUAGAAACUCGUUUUCCUUUCAAAACGUUUCAUUUUGGAGUGAGUGGUUUUUGUUUCAAAACGUUUUGCAACAUACUCGGCAUAAUGAAUACACCCAAAUGCUCCACUUUGGGAAAAUAAAUCUUUACUUUUUCGGUUGCGCUUGAAGGGGGUAGGGUUAGAUUUCUUCUUCCAUACCAACCCGGGGAGCGGUUUUUCGACUAAGAGUGGUAACUAUCUUCGCUCAUUGAUAGAAAAAUGUCAGCGAAGGUACGCCUGAAGAAGUUGGAGCAAUUGCUCUUGGACGGAACCCAAAAGAACGCAAAUUCACUGAGCGUGGAGACCCUUCUGGAUAUACUGAUAUGUUUGUACAACGAAUGCAGCAACUCUCAUUUGAAACGAGAGAAACACGUGACGGACUUUCUGGAAUGGGUGAAGCCGUUCACCACCACCGUGAAGGAGAUGCGUCUGCACAGGGAAGACUUCGAGAUGCUCAAGGUGAUCGGCAGGGGAGCAUUUGGCGAGGUUGCGGUGGUGAAGAUGAAGAACACAGAACGCGUUUACGCCAUGAAGAUCCUGAACAAGUGGGAGAUGCUGAAGAGAGCCGAGACGGCGUGUUUCCGCGAGGAGAGAAACGUUCUAGUGAACGGAGACUGCCAGUGGAUCACCACCCUCCACUACGCCUUCCAGGACGACAACUUUCUGUACCUGGUGAUGGACUACUAUGUGGGCGGUGACCUCUUGACCCUGCUCAGUAAGUUUGAGGACCGUCUCCCAGAGGACAUGUCCAAGUUCUAUGUGGCAGAGAUGGUGCUGGCCAUCCACUCUAUACACCAACAACACUACGUCCACAGAGAUAUCAAGCCAGACAACGUGCUGCUAGACAUGAACGGCCACAUCCGGCUGGCCGACUUUGGCUCCUGCCUGAAGAUGAUGCAGGAUGGCACGGUCCAGUCGUCUGUGGCUGUUGGCACUCCGGACUACAUUUCCCCUGAGAUCCUGCAGGCCAUGGAGGACGGCAUGGGGAAGUAUGGCCCAGAGUGUGACUGGUGGUCCCUGGGGGUCUGUAUGUAUGAAAUGCUCUACGGGGAGACGCCCUUCUAUGCAGAGUCACUGGUGGAGACCUACGGCAAGAUCAUGAAUCACGAGGAGCGUUUCCAGUUCCCCUCAAACAUCAGCGAUGUGUCGGAGGACGCCAAGGACCUGAUCUCGCAUCUCAUCUGCGGCCGCGAGCGCCGCCUGGGCCAGAACGGUAUCGGCGACUUCAAGGACCACCCCUUCUUCGCCGGCAUCGACUGGGAUCACAUCCGCUCCACUGAGGCGCCCUACAUCCCUGACGUCAGCUCGCCAUCUGACACCUCCAACUUCGACGUAGACGACGAUAUUCUUAAAAACCCGGACAUUGGCCCUCCAGUUACGCUCACAGGCUUCACUGGCCAGCACCUGCCCUUCGUGGGCUUCACUUACACCACGGACAGCUGCUUCUCGGACUGUGGCAGCGUCAACAGGGCCGGACUGUCCGACGGGGGCUCCCAGGAGGGCGGUCCCAGGGACCAGGAGAGGGAGCUGGGGGUUGAGGUUUUCGAGAGGAGGAUCCGCCGGCUGGAGCAGGAGAAGCAGGAGCUGAGUCGCAAGCUGCAGGAGUCCACUCAGGCUGUGCAGUCUCUCCACGGGCCAGGCCGCGGUGCCUGCACCCAGGGCCGAGACAAGGAGAUGAAGAAGCUCAAUGAAGAGAUUGAGAGGCUCAAGAAGAAACUUGCAGACUCUGAUAAGCUGGAGCACCAGCUGGAGGAGGUGGUGGUGCUGCGCCAGGACUUCGAGAGCUCCUCCUCCAAGCUGAAGACCCUGGACAAGCAGGUCAAAGGCCUUAGACUAGAGAAGGAGGAAAUCCACAAGCAACUGGUGGAGUCCCUGGAGCGCCUCAAGUCCCAGACCAAGGAGCUGAAGGAGGCCCAUAGCCAGCGGAAACUGGCCCUUCAGGAGUUCUCUGAGCUGAGUGAACGCAUGGCCGAGCUGCGUUCCACCAAGCAGCGCCUCUCGCGCCAGCUCCGCGACAAGGAGGAGGAGAUGGAUGCUGCUGUGCAGAAGGUGGACGCAAUGCGCCAGGACAUCCGCAAGACUGAGAAGACUCGCAAGGAGCUGGAGGCCCAGUUGGAGGAUGCCAAGGCGGAGGCAUCUAAGCAGCGUAAGCUGCGCGAGCACAGCGAGGUCUACUCCAAACAGCUGGAGAUGGAACUGGAGAUCCUCAAGGUGAAGCAGCUGGGCAGCGCGCUCGGCAGCGGAAGCAGCAGCCCAGGGCUGCUUCAGGAGCUGUCCAAGGUAAAGUCGGAGCUGGAUAAGAAGGUGCUGUCCUACGAGGAGGAGCUGGUGCGCCGCGAGGCCUCCCACACCAGCGAGCUCAAGGGCCUCCGGAAAGAGCUCCACGACUCAGAGGGCCAGCAGCUCUCCCUUAACAAGGAGCUGCUUGUACUCAAGGACAAGCUGGAGAAAGCCAAGAAAGAGAGGCAAACCGAGAUGGACGAGGCAGUAGGCGCUCUGAAGGACAAGUACGAGCGUGAGCGCAGCAUGCUGACCGAGGACAACGGCAAGCUGACCGCGGAGACCGACAGGCUGUGUACGUUUGUGGACAAGCUGACCGCUCAGAACCGUCAGCUGGAGGACGAGCUGCAGGACCUGGCCUCCAAGAAGGAGAGCGUGGCUCACUGGGAGGCCCAGAUUGCCGAGAUCAUUCAGUGGGUGAGCGAUGAGAAGGACGCCCGCGGCUACCUGCAGGCCUUGGCCUCCAAGAUGACCGAGGAGCUCGAGUCACUCCGCUGCUCCAGCCUGGGCCCCAGGCCCCUGGACCCCCUGUGGAAGGUGCGCCGCAGCCAGAAGCUGGACAUGUCGGCCCGUCUGGAGCUGCAGUCGGCCCUGGACGCUGAGAUUCGGGCCAAGCAGCUCGUCCAGGAGGAGCUCCACAAGUUCAAGGCCGCCAACAUCUCCUUUGAAAGCAAACUAAAGGAUUCCGAGUCCAGGAGCAGGGAGAUGGCGGAGCAGCUGGAGAGCAUGAAGAAGGACUUGGAGAGCCGCUCGGUCAAAGGGAUGAAACUGCCUGAUUUCCAGGACUCAAUUUUCGAGUACUUCAACACCUCUCCCCUGGCCCAUGACCUGACGUUCAGAGACUCGGUCUCUUCCUCGUCUGCAUAUGAAAGCAGCUCUGUCAGCGAAAUUGACUCCACGCCUCAGAAGUCCGACGUCCUCUCCUCGUCAAUCUCUGUAGCAUCUGAACAGGAUGAUCCAGUCCCCAAGCCCCCUGCUGCUGCCCCUGCCGUCCCGUCCCCUGUCUAUCUGACAUCGCUGCUGACCGCACCAAAGCCCAAAGCUCACCAUCUGAGCAUCAAGACCUUCUCCAGCCCCACCCAGUGCACCCACUGCAGCUCUUUGAUGGUGGGCCUCUUCCGCCAGGGCUACGCCUGCGAAGUGUGCUCCUUCAUUUGCCACGUGUCCUGUAAGGACAACGCCCCCCUGGUGUGCCCCAUCCCCCCCGAGCAGGCCAAGAGGCCGCUGGGCAUCGACGUACAGAGGGGCAUCGGCACCGCCUACAAGGGCUUCGUCAGGAUCCCCAAGCCCACGGGGGUAAAGAAGGGCUGGCAACGGGCAUACGCUGUGGUGUGUGACUGUAGACUCUUCCUGUACGAGGUGCCUGAGGGCAAGUCCACCCAGCCAGGCGUGGUGACCAGUCAGGUCCUGGACCUCAGGGAUGAGGAAUUUUCCGUCAGCUCCGUCAUGGCCUCAGACGUCAUCCACGCCACCCGAAAAGAUAUCCCCUGCAUAUUCAGGGUGACAUCAUCCCUGCUGAACUCGCCAGUGUGCGCCGCCUCCCUACUGGUGCUGGCGGAGAGCGAGGCGGAGAAGAGGAAGUGGGUUGGCAUCCUGGAGGGCCUUCAGAGCAUCCUGGCCAAGAACCGCCUCAGGAACUGCGUGGUGCACGUCAUGCACGAGGCCUACGACUCGUCACUGCCCGCCAUCAAGACCAUGCUCUCUGCCGCCAUCGUCGAUCGAGAGCGUAUCGCCCUGGGCACAGAGGAAGGCCUGUUUGUAGUGGAGGUCACCAGAGAUGUGAUCGUCCGUGCGGCUGACUGCAAGAAGGUACACCAGAUCGAGCUGAUCCCAAAACAGAAGAUGGUGGCCCUGCUGUGCGGACGCAACCGCCACGUGCACCUGCACCCCUGGGGGGCGCUGGAGGGGGCUGAGUCGGCCUUUGACAUCAAGUUGACGGAGACCAAGGGCUGUCAGGCGCUGACCACCGGCGUGCUGCAUCCCGGGGGACCCGCCUGCCUGCUGGCCGCCAUCAAGCGCCAGGUGCUGUGCUAUGAGAUCACCUGGGCCAAGCCGCACCACCGCAAGCUGUGGGAGGUGCAGGCCCCGGGGGUGGCCCAGUGGCUGGGCAUGGUGCGUGAGCGCCUGUGCGUGGGCUACCCCUCGGGCUUUGCCCUGCUGGCCCUCCAGGGUGAGUCAUCGCCCGUAAGCCUGGUGAGCCCCGGGGACCCGUCGCUUGCCUUCCUGGCCCAGCAGCCCCUGGACGCGCUGCACGCCCUGGAGGUGGGCACGGCUGAGCUGCUGCUCUGCUUCAGCCAGCUAGGCAUCUAUGUGGACCCCACAGGAAGGAGGAGCAGGGCCCAGGAACUGAUGUGGCCCGCCACACCGCUAGCCUGCAGCUCCAACUCUUCUUACCUGACGGUGUACAGCGAGUACGGAGUGGAUGUGUUUGACAUCCACACCACCGAGUGGGUCCAAACCAUUUCACUGAGGAAGAUAAGGCCUCUAAAUGUGGAGGGCAGUCUGAACCUGCUGGGCUCCGAACAACCACGCCUCAUCUACUUCAGCAACAACUCCACAGAAGGUGACCUGGCCAUCCCAGAGACGUCUGACAACUGUAAGAAGCUGAUGAUGAGGACGCGCAGCAAGAGGAAGUUCCUCUUCAAGGUCCCCGAGGAGGAGAGACUUCAGCAGAGGAGAGAGAUGCUGAGGGACCCUGAGCUGAGAUCCAAGAUGAUCUCUAACCCAAUCAACUUCAACCACGUGGCACACAUGGGCCCCGGCGACGGCAUGCAGGUCCUCAUGGAUCUGCCUCUGAGUGUGAUGCAUUCUUCUCAGGACGACCUGGCCAAGGAUAAGCCCCGCCCGCUAUCCAGUAUCUCCCGGCAACAGAGGAGCAAGACCCACAUCACCCGCACGGCCUCUGGAGGUGCAGACAUUGGAGGAGCAGGAUCGUCGCGGAACAUCUCCAACCCAGACGGGGACUUCGAGAGAGAGCCGGACUGGGACUCCACCAAGCACUCCACUCCCUCCAACAGCCCCAACUCUCUCCACCGCAGCCAGCUAACGCUGGAUGGCCUGGAACACGCCCUGGACGGCUGAGGACCCCACCACCCUACACACACACACAAUACGUGUUUAAUCACUCAACGCACCUACAUUCAACAUAAAACUUGUGUAUCACUGCAGAAGUGCCAAGAACAGACUGUGUCCCAGCCCCCACCCUGAUUUUAGAUGAACGUUUUGGUUCCCCCCCAUUCCUACUUGUCUUCUUUCCUCUCUUCCUUUUCACUUUGUUAAGGGAGGGUGCCACCAUGUACACUCCACAGCACUACUAGCAAUCCUGUGCUGACAUCUCUCCCCAACACACACACACCUCUCCAGUUCCCUGUUGGGGGAGACACCCAUUUUCCUAUGAGUUUUUAUGGGUUAUUCAUACUUAGUUUAGGUUAUUGAUACAUAGAUGCAUACGAUGACCGAAUUAAAAACUAAGAUCAAUGACGAUAGGACACUCGCAGGGGAAAAAAAACAUUCAUGAUGAACUAUCCUAAUCAUAGGUAUAUGUUUGUGUUUCUAAGAAAAGAGUGAAGGAUAACUUUUUGUCUUAAACUAUAUAGUAUGGGGUACACACAACUGAACAGUGAAAGAAAGGGCAACCUUCUUCAAAGGGACCAUAAACCCCCCCCCCCCCCCCCCCCCCACAUUCCAGACCCUGUCGUACUGGUGUUGUAACCCUUAUUGAGCUGUUCCCGGACUAGUGGCCAUUAAUUUGAGAGCAGUCCCUACACAGGGGACGAGCUGCCACUCAACAGACUGCAGGGGUUUUACUGUUAAGCUAAACCAGUGGGCAUCUUUUACAGCAAUUACACAUCUCCCGCCAGUCUUUAUAACGUGGAUUGUUUUUAACUUAGAUCUUUUGCUAUAAAAGUGUAGUUGGCAAAACCAAUGCGCCAUAGCCACAUAAUCAUGAGACUAAGACAUGGUGGGAGUCUGAACAGUGAAAAGGACCACAACUCACAAGCUGCUGCUGUCGUUUGCUAUGUUUAUAUAAGUAUGUGUGUGAAGAGCCGCUCACCCAUAGAGAGAGAACCUCCUGGACGAGGCCCUUCAUUUUUAACCGUUCAAUCAUGAGCCUAGUUAAAUAAAUCAAAAGCGGAGGUAUAGUCAUAGCGCCAAACCGCCACGAGGGGGCAUGUGAAUAGUGGUCCUCAAUUGAGGGACGUUUCAUUGUACAGCAAGAGUGUGAGAUACUGUACAGGCAUAUCCAGUUUAAUCACUAGUGUGCCUUCAGUGCCAUUUUCUUUUUUUUGUCUUGCAGCACCACAUUCAGAUCAAUUACUGAAGUGACUUUAACUCUGCAGGCCAUCGGUGAGGGGGGGUUCAGAAACACUGUAUUAAACUUGCACAUGUUUUAAUCCCAGGAAAAUCCUCUUUGAUUUUGUCAGUGAUCUUUUAUUUUGCUUUUUUUCCUGGUCUUUUCAGCUCUGAAAAUGUGACUUUUUUUCUCUCCUCGAAACACUACUACUUUUUUUCCUCUUAAAUCACCAGUUGAAAUCUUUGUAAUUAUUGAAUUGUUAGCAACAAACAUGUGAACAGAAAAUAAAAUAAUAUCUGUUGUGCUUU